AUGGCUAAAUUUAAUGACAUACCUGAUAACACAUCGAGAUUCUCUGAUUUUAUAUCCGAACCAAACAAAAUACUUCCACCUAUACAAGGAUAUGAUGAGCAACCUUUGGUUUCACUUGAUGAAGCUGUAAAACCACUUGAAUCUAUUGUACCACAAAUUAAUCACAUGAUUUGGACGGUUAAACAAAAUUUAAUUGAACCAAAAGAUGAUUUGUCAAGAGACGAAUCAAGUUCUAUUAUGCUUUACACUUUAGAAUGGCCACCUCCAGAUAAAUCAUUUUAUAGAAUUCUUAAUGAAAAACUUCGUUCUCUAGAUAGACGUCAAUUAAUACCAUGGUUUUUGUAUCUUCGACUUUUUAUGCAUGCUCUAUCAAAACUUCCACCAAUUGAACAUCGUAUUAUUUAUCGAGGAAUUAAAAUGGAUUUAGCUUCAGAAUAUCGUGGAAAACAAGACUUUGUGUGGUGGGCUUUUUCAUCUUGUACAUCAACUCUUGGAAUUCUUGAAAAUCAUAUUGGUAAAACUGGAAAUAGAACUAUAUUUAAUAUAUCAUUUAAUAUAGCAUCUAAUUCAGCUAAAGACAUUAGUCGACAUUCAUUUUAUCCAGACGAAAAAGAAGUUGUAUUAUAUCCUGCUCGACAAUUCAAAGUUGGUUCAUUACUUGAUACUGGCAAUGGACUUCAUAUUAUUACUGUUGAAGAAAUUGAACCACCAUUUCCUCUUAUUCGAAUUCCAUCAAUAGAAAAAUUAAAAGUCAAAGAUGAAAAACUUUUAUCAAAAACGGAUCAAUUUAUCAACAUUCUUCUUCUAGGUGAAAAAGGUGUUGGCAAAUCAACAUUUAUUAAUGCUUUUGUUAAUUAUCUUAAAUUUAAAACAGUUGAACAAGCUCAAUCAAAUCAUUCAUUAGUGUUGAAACCUCUUUCGUUUGUUAUGAUGACGAACGAUACAUUUCAACAAAAGACAAUUACCUAUGGAGAUUUCGAUUAUGAUAAUGAAUUAGUAACACGACGUUGUCAAACUUAUACAUUUGAUCUUAAUCAAAGUAGUAAGAAAAAAUUAUGUCUUAUUGAUACACCUAGUUUCGAAGAUACUGAUCAAGAAAAUUCCAAUACAAUAAAACAUAUUUUAGAAUAUGUUAAUAAUAUAACACAUCUGAAUGCUAUAUGUUUUCUUCUUCAACCAGAUGCAACACGAUUAAUGAAUAGUUUUCAAUUAUGUUUUAAUCAACUAUUAAAUCGUUUAGGUUCAAAUGCUCAAAAAAAUAUUAUUUUUUGUUUCACUAAUGCAUUUAUGACUUUAUCCAUGCCAGGAAGUACAGCAUCACUGCUUAGAAAAAUGUUUGCUUCAUUUUCGAUGAAUGAUAUUUGUUUUAAUCGAACAAAUACAUUCUUUUUUGAAAAUGAAUCGUUUCGAUAUUUAAUGGCUGUACAAAAUGGUAUUAGAUUUAAUAAUGAAGAUACAUCAGAAUAUACGAUGAGUUGGUCAGAUUCUGUACAAGAGUCAAAUCGUCUUUUAAAAUAUAUUCUUACAAAUCUUACUCCAUAUCAUAUUGUUAAGAAAAAAUAA